CUUCUGAUUAUAGUCGGGAGUCCGAGUCUCCUAUAGUUGAGUCAGAUUCGGGAGCCUGUAGUGUGAUUACGGCUUAACUUCUAUCGCUGAUCGGCUGAUUAUGUAAAAAUAUGACAGCAGAGAAGUUUUCUAUGCACUAAAAUUUCUUUAAAAGCUUCAGAGGCGUAAAUAAGAAUUACAAAGAAACCGAGAUAUUGUUUAUCUUUACUGGUACAUUAUGAUUAACCAUGACGACAUUAUUUGGAUGAAAUGGGGUACACCUAUGUUCAAGGGACCUCCCACAGAUGUCUUUCACUAUGCACGCAAUAUACAAAACAACAAACAAUGCGGGCCAUAUGAGCUGAUGUAUGUGGACUGCAUGGAAGCAUACGGUUAUCAUAAAGGCAAGGAAAAGUGCCGAUUGAUACUCGAGGAUUUGUAUGAAUGUAUAAUGGGUAUAAAAAGAAGACGUCGCCUGUUUGCUAUGGAAAUGGAGCGAAAGCGUCAACUUAUUGAUGGCGAAAGAAAACAAUUUUACGAAGAACAUACUCCGCCACUUGACCUGUAUUAAAUUUUUCCCAUUUUAUCAGGGGAAUGCAUAUAGUUUAUGUGUAAAUGUAUCAAACUAAAAGGAUUAAUUUGAUAGAUGACAAAAGCAUUUUAUCUAUAGAAAAACCUCUCACAUCAGUUUAUUGUUUUUGAAUUCUUUUUAUUUUCCUGGAAAUGUUUUAUUCGUUUACCAGGUACAUUCGAAAAUAAAAUCCAUACCUUCCUUAGCGAUUGUAGCAUUCGGAACAAUAAUGGACCGAUCCAACCGUAGCGUUUAAAACGUAGUGUUCAGAGCAUUUGGAAAAAGUAAGUGGAUCGCAGCCCAAUACAUCAUCGUUUUUGCUCCAACUGCCUCACCUCGGUUGCGAUCCUCUUGCUUCUUCCAAAUACUCUCAAUGUUAUACUCCAAACGCUAUGCUUGGAUUGGUCCAUUACUGUUCCAAAUGCUAUAAUUGCUACAUAAACGCUCCAGCCAACCCACCUCCGAGGUGAGGUAGUUGGAAUGAAAACGAAGCAUUGAUGUAUCAGAGUUGCUGGGAGCGUUUCGAAGCUUCAAA